UCUUAUGUAAUAGAGUAAAUGUUGUAAUUCUAUAGACAUGCCUUGGACCCGCAUAUGUUUCUGUUGUACCACUCUGAGCGAUAUAAUACUAGUGGAACGGUGUUUCAUUGGUGUUAUAUCAGACUUGCAUACUACACUAUGCAGUGGUAUGCCGGGUCAUCACAAUUCUCUAAAAUCUGCGGGAUCUUCUGAAAAAGAUGCUGCCUCCGAAGGUACUGCGUCGGCACUCUCUCCUCCUCCUGCUGUUUCUCUAAAGAACAAAAGGAAAAGGAAUGAUGUCGAAGAUUUCGGCACCUCCAAAGCCGAAGAGGUUGAUCCUUCAUGCCAGAAGGCAACUUAUGAUCCAUAUCUCGAAUCCCUCGUUAGCUCUGAUGAUGAGGAAGAAGUACCAACUGUUGACGUGGCUCCUCGGACGAGCACGUCACAUACUUUGGUUGUUUCGGAGACGCCAGUUGAGGGAGAAGAAUCCUCGCCUCCUCGACAAAACGUCGCCACCACCACUCCUCCUUCAAGCCCUCUUGCUCCUUCACCGAAAAGUACAAGGGUUGAAAUGAUCGUGGAGCCUACCCCUCAAUUGGGUGGCUCUUCUAAUCCUCUCUUAGAUGAUCCCAUGAUCAAAGAGCUUGUUCGCAUCGGAUCCCAAUUCAUUGGGUACCGUGAAUAUGCCAGCAGGACUGAAGAGAAACUUGCAGAGGCCAACAAGCUUGCCAACACUCUUGCUUAGAAACUGAAGCAAAGUGAAACGGCUCGCAAGAAAGACGAACUUGAUGCUAGCCAAGCCAAAGCAGAGGCUGAUGAGGCCAAGGCAAAAGCUGCUAGUGUCGAAGAACUGCAAAAGAGACUUGAGGAUGUCGAAACUGCUUUCAACGAGCACAAGGCCGCCCAAGUUACUCGUGAAAAGGGAAUCCUCAAGCGCUUGAACACGCAAAAUCGACGCUUCCUCGGUCAAACAAGCCAAGAGUUUGAUCUUGAGAAUCCCACCAAUGAUCCUCUGCUUGACGCACUUUCUUAUCUGGAGGUUCAUGGCCAAGAAAUUCGCGAAGGCGUGGUGAAUGCUAACGCAGGAUUGUCGAAGUUGUUCCCCUACUUCUUCCCGAAGAAGGAGGAGCCUAAGACUUUCCUUGCCCUUGCCAAGGACUUCAAUCCACCGGAGGAUCUUGGACUGAAGAUGCGCCAGGAGAACAUGAAGGUUGCCGUUGAGAACA